UUUAACUGGAAACACAUCGUUUGUGACGAAACGUGUAUGGCAUCUCCGCCCCGACGAGUGUCUUCUCUCUUAUAUUCUCUCCUGCCCUCCUCUCUCGCUCCUAAUCCUCUCUUCCACGCAUUACCCAUUUACCCUUUGCUUCUUUCUUCCGUAUUCUCUCCAUCUCCCUCUCCCUCUCGUUCUCUCUCUUCAUCCAUGGCUCCAGAAAUUCAACAAGACGGAGAAACUCUGCCCCAAAAUAACAACACUUACACUAGAGACCAUGAAGCUCUUCACAAAACCAAAGUCACCGUUGUGGGUAGUGGCAACUGGGGCAGUGUGGCUGCCAAACUCAUUGCCUCUAACACCCUCAGGCUCUCUUCUUUCCAUGAUGAAGUGAGAAUGUGGGUAUUUGAGGAAACGUUACCGAGUGGUGAGAAGCUCACAGAUGCCAUCAACAGAAACAAUGAAAAUGUGAAAUAUCUGCCCGGCAUAAAGCUAGGGAAAAAUGUUGUUGCAGACCCAGACCUUGACAAUGCAGUGAAUGGUGCAAACAUGUUGGUGUUUGUUACUCCACAUCAAUUUAUGGAGGGUAUAUGCAAGAGACUUGUUGGGAAGAUAAAAGGGGAUGUGGAAGCUAUUUCCCUCAUCAAAGGAAUGGAGGUCAAGAUGGAGGGCCCGUGCAUGAUCUCUACACUCAUCUCGGAGCAAUUGGGCAUUAAUUGUUGUGUUCUAAUGGGAGCAAACAUAGCUAAUGAGAUUGCUUUGGAGAAAUUUAGUGAAGCCACAGUUGGAUACAGAGAAAACAGAGCGAUUGCAGAGAAAUGGGUUCAUUUGUUUAGUACUCCCUACUUCAUAGUCACACCUGUCCAAGACGUGGAAGGAGUAGAACUGUGUGGGACCCUGAAAAAUGUUGUGGCCAUAGCAGCAGGUUUUGUGGAUGGAUUGGAGAUGGGAAAUAACACAAAGGCUGCAAUUAUGAGAAUUGGUCUAAGAGAGAUGAAGGCAUUUUCCAAGAUGUUGUUUUCAUCUGUCAAGGACAGCACCUUCUUUGAAAGUUGUGGUGUUGCUGAUCUCAUCACAACAUGCUUGGGUGGAAGAAACAGGAAAGUUGCUGAAGCUUUUGCAAGGAGUGGAGGGAAACGAUCGUUUGAUGAGCUCGAAGCAGAAAUGCUGCAGGGUCAAAAAUUACAGGGUGUGUCAACAGCAAAAGAGGUUUAUGAAGUUCUAAGCCACCGUGGGUGGCUAGAGUUUUUCCCACUGUUUGCAACAGUUCAUGAGAUCUGCAUUGGCUCCCUUCCUCCGUCAGCCAUAGUUGAGCACUCUGAGCGCAAACCUGAACUCUAGCUGGCUCUCUCUGAUAAAUGGCAGUUUAUUCAAUUAAGCUCGUUUGCACGAAAGCGAGGACUAGGUGAAACUUGGAAUGUUGGUUCACACAGAAGUCAGCACUUUGCAAAAAUAGAUGGUUGCAGGAACAAAAUACAUAACCUGCUCAGAAGCUAUUUUCACUGACAGCAAUGAAAUUAGAAUGUGUAAUCAAAUUGUACUCAUGUUUCACACAGAAUGUGUAAUCAACACCGAGUUGUAAACUGCUUUAGGGAAUAUACGAGUAAUACAAUAAAGAACUAGAAUGAACCA